CAGGAGCUGCACUCAAUGAUCUUUGUUGGUCCCUUCUAACUCAGAAUAUUCUAUGAUUUUACAUUUCAUACACACAUAAAGUGCAUCCAGAAAAUCAACUUGUUUAGCGUUGGACAGGGAAGUACAUUAUUUGCCUAUAAUUCUAUCUAACAUUUAUUUUUAAUUCUUGGUGAAGCAGUUCUGUAAAUAUGUAGUCAUGCCAUUUCUUUUUUGUGAGAUUCUAUCUCUUACAUUCUAGCUAAGAGCCCUAGAAUGUUGCAAACCUUUCUUAAGACUGAAAUAACUAAAAUACUUCUAAAUCUGUAGACACUGACUGGUGUGGUUUUAGUUUGAGAGACAUGUCUAAUUUGAAUUGCAGCUGUACUGCCAAGUACAAUUCAAACUUAGGUUGUGUUUCUUUUUUUAUAAUUUAUGUGUCAGAUUAUGUAUAAAUAUUGGUGAAAUCUGUGACAAACUAAAUUCAGUGGCUGUAUCUGUACCAAAGGAAUAAUUAAAAUUAUAUUUAAAAUAUGUUUUAUAUUGCUGCAUGUAGAAUCAGCUGGGUUGGCCUCCUGGGAGACUUAAGAUCUUUUUAUCUGCAGAACAGGUAUUGCAGGCUUUGCCUCUCUGUGAGGUCUCAGCUGUUAUCUGAAAAGGAGUGUCACUCAAACAGGGACGAGUUACUUGAGGUGUCUCAUGUGGUUGUGCAGCCUGCAGAGCUGACAUGUCCUGGAAUCAGCUCCUGAACCAUGUCAGCCUGGCAGUGUGAGUCACACAGGCCAAUCACGGGCCAAACUCGUGUUGAUUCAGAAGCCCACGGCAGCAGCAGUGACCAGCAUCCACGACUCCGCUGUUGGUGUGACGCAGCAGGAGUGCGUUCCUCAAGAGGCUCCACGUGCCGGGAAGAGAAAUACUUUUCCUGAUUUCUGCACCCAAAAUUGAAAUCUACCACUGAAAUCAACAAAAAAGAAAUGAUAAAAUUUUUUCUUAUGGUUAACAAACAAGGUCAAACAAGACUGUCCAGGUAUUAUGAGCAUGUAGAAAUUAAUAAACGGACAAUGCUGGAAGCUGAAGUAAUCAAAAACUGUCUUUCCCGUUCGAAGGAUGAGUGCUCUUUUGUUGAGUAUAAGGACUUCAAGCUGGUGUACCGGCAGUAUGCAGCCCUCUUCAUAGUUGUUGGCAUCGACCAGACAGAGAAUGAGAUGGCAGUAUAUGAACUAAUUCAUAAUUUUGUGGAAGUUUUGGACAAAUACUUCAGCAGAGUGGGAUGUGUUAUGCUUAAUGAUCAUGAGAUGAGAUCAUCUGAGAUAAGAGAUCAAACUGUAACUAAUGCUGUCUAUCUCUUUUCCUUGCAGAGUGAAUUAGAUAUCAUGUUCAAUUUGGACAGAGUGCACAUCAUUUUGGAUGAAAUGGUGCUAAAUGGCUGCAUUGUGGAAACGAACCGGAACAGAAUUCUCGCCCCUCUGUUUGUGCUUGACAAAGUGGCCGAAGGCUAGGAAGAUGCAGGAGUGCCAUCUUACAAAAGAUGGCAAAAGCAUCAGGAAUGUGCCUAUAGCAGUUUUCUGCUGUUGCAAAACUGACUCAUGCAACAUCCAAAUUAGCUGGAAAAUAUUUUCCUUUUCUCUUAUACUCUGUCUACCCAGUGGGAAAGAUACAGCUAAACAUGUGGAUGCAUUUGGAUCAAACUUCACUGACCCAGCAGAAAUCUUCCUAGAAUGGUCAGUAAUUAUAAAACCUUUUUUUGGAUGAAACAAUGGAAACUUACCAUGACUGACUAGGUAUCACUUGGAAUUAUGUAGUAUCAUGCCAGACCUAGAAGACAAAAUACAUGGAAAUAUAAAUUCAAACUGAGUUUCAGUUCUUCCCUUUAAGCACCAACUUAACUUAUUUUCAUACAAAUUUACUGUUAAUAAUAGUUCUAUGACUUUUAUACCUACUUUUAAACUAUAUUCAUCCUUCAUAGAAAAGCUGGUUUCCCUACCUUUGCCAUUCAAGUCAUUGACACAAAAAGAAAAGUACAGAUGUAUUAAGUAUUUCUGCAUACUCUGCAAGUUGUAACUGGAAUUAUUUAGCACUUAAAUAUUAUAUUAAUAAAAGAUAAUUAAAAUCAGAA